UCAGCACAUGCGGUAAGGCUCAGAGAGAGUAGCUCAAAUCAAGCCGCGCGCUUGCACACACGAGCAAUUUGACCGAUUUACACAUCGCGUGCGAACUAACCGCUUCUCGUGACAGCGGGACAGAUGCUUCUCAGGCAAAUGCUGCAUUCACUGCAGGAAGUGUACCAGAGCAGCACGGCGCAUGCUCCCCUCUCUCUGACAAGCAAGAGGAUGAGCUAUCUCCUGCUAUAACGCUCGGCGGGGAGGGGUGAUGGCGGCUGCUGAGGUCACUGUGUCUUCAGGGGAUCUCAUGAUGGUGAAGGAGGAGGAAGGGGAGUCCAGUGGCAACAACCAUAAGACUCAAGUCAUCCUGCACCUGCAUCCCAUCCUCCAUGGGAUAAAUGAGGAUAUUGCUGACACUGGCACGACAGUCUUGGCCAUAGAGACACAUCAUGACAGUAAAGCAGAAGGAGAGGAGAUCGAGUAUGGCUACCCCAUCACGUGCGGAGACAGCAAAGCGGUUCUGCUAUUUAAAAAGUUUGUGUGCCCUGGAAUCAACGUCAGAUGUGUCAAAUUCAACGACCAGCUCAUCAGUCCAAAACAGUUUGUUCAUCUGGCAGGGAAAGCCACUCUGAAGGACUGGAAAAGGGCCAUCAGACUAGGAGGGGUAAUGCUCAGGAAAAUGAUGGACUCCGGCCAGAUAGAUUUCUACCAACAUGACACAGUGUGCAGCAACACCUGCCGCAGCACUAAAUUUGAUGUGCUGAUCAACAGCACGCGGCUUCCUCUGGGGACAGCAGUGCAGCCGAGCCCGACGUGUCUGGCUCUUGACCUUGUUGGAGGACAGGUGCCUCCUCUGACAGUUAUUUCAGCUGAAGCUGUGCACGAGGCAGCAGAGGUAGAGGAGCCUGUGGAGGAAAAGUUCAGUGCAACAGCAGAGAUGAGCCCAUGUCCAGCCCGGGAUGUAAAUCACACAACCGCCAACGGGCAUGCUGCAAAGAGAAAGAGGGCUGACACACCUGAUGGAGUCCUGGGCCUCUGGAGGGGUGUGGCAGACGCGGGGCUGAUGGGAAAGGUCCUGUCCAGUCUCCAGACUGAAUUAUUAGCCACUCUUAGAGGAGUGGAGGUUCGCAGUGAAAAGGCCAACCUGCAGGAUAACGAUGCCGUCAUACUCAAUUCCUUGUGUAAGAUGUUCGGCCUUUUAGACUCAAUAAAACAAGCUCUGGACCUGAAGCAAAGCCAGGAUGAAGAGAACAAGUUCCCUAACAAUAUCUAUGCAUUCAAUGAGAUUUUGGAGGAGCGGAGGAAGCAGGGAUGUGAUAAAAGCCCUUCCUACAAAACGCUGUCCUUGAAACAACUACCACCUCAACGUCACACACCGUCAAACAGCCAAACCCACAACCUGCUGUCCCCUGUCAAAACAAAGACAUCAAUCCAGCCUUUAUCUGCAGCACCUCACGCUCAGCUCACCAUCAACCCUCAGUAUUUCACGUAUUUCCCUGCCUCCACUGGCCAGCGUCACCAUUCUGGAGCUGUCAUGAAGGACAGGGACGGCCAUGAUGCCAUGCUGGGACAGAAUGGCGUGGAGGGAGAAGACUCCUCAGGGGUUCACAAAAAGCCUGCACAGAGGACGGUUAAAUAUCAAGACCCUCACCUUAAAAGUGAGGUCGUAGAGAAAGAAGAAGGCUUGUAUGAUAUUAAAAAAGUGGUCAUAGGAAGAAAGUCGUCUAAAAAACAUAAAAGUAAGUGAGAGAGAGAUUCAGACGACCCCAAAGGGAUGCUGGACUAAAUGAGGGCUUUUGCCUGAUAGCUGCAGACUAUACAAUGUUACUCAGUCAAAGUGCUUUUUUUCUUGUAUUUUCAUAUACAUAAAAAUAUGUGCAUACUGCGGUAACUGCAACAGUGUUACAUGCACAUAUUUGCUCAUUGAAGAUGUAAUGACACAUAUGUGAUCAAGUAGAGAGUUUUGGACACAUUUGUCUACAGUUAAACAUCUCGAAAGAGACUGAAUUGGACUGAAAUCAGAAUUGAUUAUUUUUUUCAUUAUCUAAGCAAAAACCCUCCAGAACUCACAGUGUCUUAAAUGUGAAUAUGUGUUGGCUUUCUUGGUCUUACCUUUGGGUUUUGGACUGUUGGUCAGCAGAAUUGCCAUCCUAGGUCACUAGGAAUUUGCAAUCAGCAUUUUCUAUUACUAUUUUCUCAUAUUUGAUAAACUAAGGGUUGUUAAACAGCAAUAAAUAAACAACAGUUUAGUGAUAGUGUAAAUAUUGUUCAGUUGAAUCCCUAAAACACAGACACCUUUCUUGUCUAUUGAAUAUACAUAACCGUACUCUUUGUAAGUAUGUCUACAUUUAGUAAAGUUUCAAGAUGCUUCUCAUAUCUGUGAAUAUGAUAUUUUGUUCUAUUUAUGAGCAUUGAUGGAAACAUUUCCCCUCGUCUAAAAGUAAUUUGCAACUUUUUCAAUUCUUUCCUCUUACUUUUAUAACUUAUUUCCAAUAGUCUUUGUAAUUAAACAUUUUGUGAGUGACACUUGUCUGUUGACUUUUAGAUAAUUUGGAUGUUUGUGAAAUAUAUCUCACUCAGGCUUGUAUUAGGCCCUUUGUUAUAAUGCGUAAGGCCUGCCUAAGAUGAAUGCACCAGACAAUGAGUCAUUAUUCUUCAGAAUAAUGUAUUCUACAUAUAAAGAAGAACUGCAUAUAAAGUGUUGUGACUGUUGACGUAUUGUGUCUUUACACAGGACUUUAUUAACGUGCAGAAAAUACCUCUUCUUUUUUAAAUGACUUUCCCCUUCUCUUCAUCAUAGAAACACAAAUAAAUUAUGCGCAUGAGAUUAUGAUGAAAAGGAA